CACUGUUCCCCAACCCUCAACCAAAAUCGUGGACACAUCUCAAGAGCUAGCAAUUGGUACACAAGAACGUCUGCAACAUGGCCACCACAUCAGCACACAAGAUCCAAGACGAGAAGUUCAACAGCCUCGGCUUCUCAAAAGCCAUCGUCAACAAAGAGCAAGUAUGCUCAUACAGUCGCAGCCUAGGCACUGUCUCCGACAACAAACCCAUUCUCGUCUUGAUUCAUGGCUAUCCACAGAGCUCGUACAUGUGGCGCCACUUCAUCCCUCUUCUCCCCCAAGAUGCACCCAUAUUCGCACCAGAUCUACCAGGAUAUGGCGCCAGUGCUGCCAUUGAAAAGCAUGACAAACUAACCGUCGGAAACGCCAUCUUAUCCGCGCUCCGAACAGAAGUAAAACGCACUUCUUCCAGCCCUCCAGCCGGCGACAUCCCCAUCGUACUAAUCGGCCACGAUCGCGGCGCACGAGUAUCGCACCGCCUUGCUGUCAGCUGCGCAGAAGGCUUCGAUAUUCGGGGUGUGUGUCUGAUUGAUAUUGUCCCUACAUCUACGCAAUGGCAGCACUACUCGACCCCCUUCAAAGCCGCAAAAGACGUAACCGGCUACUUCCACUGGCCCUUCCUCGCGAACGUGAAUCUCGCGAUACGCAUGAUAAGCGCCUAUGGACCCGCUAAGUUUUUGGAGGAGAUGACCACCGCUUGGUUGGGGAAGAAUGAAACGGGUCUCGAAGCGUUCAAAGCCGACGAUUCCCUCGCUGUCUACGGAGAAUUCUUCGCUCAAGAGCAUGUGCUGAAGGCGAGUUGUGAAGACUAUCAGCACGGCGCUACGACAGAUGUUGAGCGGCAGGAGGAAGAUCAGAAAGAGGGGAGGAAGAUUGGGGUCCCGCUGUUUUUGCUAUAUAGUGAGACAUAUAUUGGGAGUAGAUAUGAGUUUCCCGAUGUGUGGAGGGAUUGGGUGGGUGAGGGCGUGGAUGUCCAGCAUCAUGCGUUGGGAGAGGGAAUCGGACAUUUUGGGGCGGAGGAGGCGCCGGAGGAGAGUGCGAAGGUUGUUGGGAAGUGGUUGGAGGGACUGAAAGGUUGAGUAGAGUAUUGAGGACUGUGGCUUCGCUCCCAUGUUCUAUUAGAUAUAAGCGUAUAUUUAGGCCUGAGAAUCGAUACUCAGCGACAGUGAGAUGUUACUGACUGCCUCCAGAACGUACCCAACAUGUUCCAUACAGUGGAGGAAACACUUUGGAGGCAUUAUGGUAUGAAAAAUGGGCACAGAAAGACAGCACGACUGGCUUGUAAGGGACUACAUUGGUGAUACAUGCGCCUCGCAGCUU